AUGCCGGAUUCUGAGUCAAGGCCCCUCACGUCAGCCUUCGAAAGCCCAACUUUCGGGGAGGACAGUUCCUUUCACGUGGAACAGCCUGUUGGUUCGAUGUCGAUAUCACCAUGUGGACGCGAUGUUGUUUUAGCUUCUAAAGAAGGCCUGCAUGUCAUAGACCUCGAUUCGCCAUAUUCACCCCCUCGGUAUCUACCGCAUCACACGCCAUGGGAGGUCGCAGAUGUUCAAUGGUCACCAUUUGCCGCCCGGGAUUAUUGGGUUGUGAGCACGUCCAACCAGAAGGCGUUGGUGUGGAACUUGGCCAUGAAGGCCUGGCAGAAUUCCAUUGAACAUGUGUUGCAUGCCCAUACACGGGCUAUAACUGAUAUCAACUUUUCUGCACACCAUGCGGAUAUCAUAGCAACAUGUGCCGUGGACAGUUUUGUCCAUUGUUGGGACCUGCGGAACCCGUUGCGUCCAGCUAUCUCCUUUUCCGACUGGUUUGCGGGGGCGACCCAGGUCAAAUGGAACCGGCAAGAUCCCAAUGUCAUUGCUAGCUCACAUGACAAAUUUCUGCGGAUAUGGGACAAGCGAAUGGGCGCAUCUCCGAUCAAGUCUAUUGAAGCUCACGAUACAAAAAUCUACGGCGUUGACUGGAACCGAGUUCGACCUGGGGCCGUUGUGACCUGUUCACUGGAUAAGACGAUCAAGUUCUGGGACUAUACUGUUGAAGGUGAAGUGCCGGAGAAAGUCAUUAGGGCUCCUUUUCCGGUUUGGCGAGCCAGGAAUACCCCUUUCGGAUGGGGUGUUUUGGCCAUGCCACAAAGAGGCAAUAGUGACCUUCAUCUGUAUAGCCGGAGAGCUGGAGAGGGUGCGAAUCCGGCCGAAGACCUUCCGCUGGUGCAUAGUUUCCCAGGACACAAGGGCCAGGUGAAGGAGUUUCUCUGGAGGGCGCGCGGAGGAGUAUCGGAUGGGAUUGACCAUAGAGAAUUCCAACUAGUCUCUUGGGGAACAGAUCGAGAACUCCGCUUACACAGGGUCGAUCCUGACAUUUUAGAGGCAGUCGGGUAUGAAAAAGGAAAGUCGUUUAUAUCCAAUUUGAACCUCACCCGCAAGGGUGCUGUUUAUAAGAGCUUUCGGGAUGAUAGUGGAAGCCAGGAAUAUGAUGAUUUCGAUUCUCUAUCUACCUUCCAGGAGUCAGAAUCUCAUCCAUCCCGGGGCUUAGGAAUGAAGGUUAUAUCUCCAUACGCUCGAGGGGCCAAUGCAGAUUCGCCGAUUGGCAUGCAAGGCAGGUCAAAUGUCCGAGCCGAUAAUAACCCAAUAUCAUGGAUGCGAGGCGUGAAAAUUUCAGGAUGGGAUAUUGAAACUCUUGGGGAUGAAAUCACGCACGUGGGGGAGAAAUUUACCAAGGUUGCUUUUGAAUCUGUUGAUGUCAGGCAGCGGAAGGCAACGAUAUCUCUUCACGGACCUUGGGCAGCAGAUGGCACCUCUUUAUUCCUAAAAGUGGACAUCAAAUUCCCAGUUGAUUACCCUAAGAGUGCAAUGCCAACGUUCCAUGUGCAGAAGACCGCUGCUGUCACCGACCAACUUUCUGACAAGAUUAUUGCUGAGCUGCGUACCAUCGCAGAAACUUACCUUUCACAUAAAAGAAGCUGCCUUGAAGGUGUUGUCCGCUAUCUUCUCGGAGAAUGCGACCUCGAAGAGAGCAUUGCAUGGAUCCUGGGCGAAACGGCCGAAACGGUUAAAUCGCCUGUGAAUGGUCAGCUAGAAGGCGAGUCAAGUGAUGAGGAUGAGGUCGGAUUAUCUCAGAGCCAAGAACUAGGCAUGAGUUCUGAGUUACUUCGACCUGUUAAUGCUAAUGUAAUGGUUCCUGUGGCAAAGGCAUGCGGUAUGCUCUGGGCCAACGAUGGGCGGUUGGUAUGCUUUUUCCCCGCAAAAAAGGGCGGAUCCGCCUCUUUGCUGGAAAAUCUAGGAUUUAAAGAAAUGACGAGAUCAAGAGCGGACAAGGUCUUUGAGGGAUUCGGCCGCCUACAGACAAAUUCACCCGGUCCGCGGGUAAGUGGUGCGCUUGCAAGUACUGAUGAUGGGACUUCUGACUACUCGGAUGAUUCGGACGCCGAGACAUCUAGCUCCUCGGGAUCGUCUGGUAUCUUGUCAGGCCUACAGCAUCGCUUUCCAACCCCUCAGACAUGGCGUAGUGCUGGUAGCCUUGGUUUGUAUCGACCACGAUCAGCAGACAAUUCACAAAGGUCAACUGCUGGCGCGAUGACGACAAAAUCGCCCGGGCAAACCCAAAACAUCAUAUCGAUCUAUGAUUUUAGUGACUUACUACCAGCAAAACGUGAUUUAGCAAGUGGGUAUCGCAUCUAUGGCCAAGGUACAGACGUGUGUGCCCACAAUGCUUCAGUAGCUCUCGAUCACGGCUACCACGAGCUAGCACGGAUCUGGGGACUUGUGAAACUUAUAUUGCACAACACCAAUGGCACAGAGACCUCAAUGGGAUUAUCUGCUGUUGAGAAAACCAGGAGUGUGCAAAGAAAAGAUAGUGCUGUGGAUCUGAGUUAUGACACGAACUACCAAGAUAGUGGGCAUAAAGAGGCUGUAAGCAGCGUGAUCCAAUGGGGAGAUCAUCCUUUUGCCAGUCAUUGGCUCAUCCCUUCCCUCUUUGAGCAUUUCGAACGGAUCGGCGACGUACAGAUGGUCGCAAUGCUGUCUUGUGUGCUCGAAGAGUCGAAACACCAAAAAGAGCCCCUCAGCCAAGAGCGUCGCGGCAGGGCAGGGCCGAAGAAAACGGAGGACCGCUCUUUUUCAUUGGACUUCUAUACACACCAUGGCACUCAGAACAAGUCUCAGACGACAACGCCAUUGGCUUCUACCCCAAAGGAUAGUCAUACGACUCCUAUCACGCAUAGUUCUGGACGGUCAUCUUCUGAAAUCUGGCGGGCUGAUUCCACCCCCCCUUAUUCGACAGGAACUACUCCUCCCUUGGCGCCUCGUGCUUCGGGUUUGGUCGCGGAGAGGAGGACUAUGGGUCACAAUACCCCAGUGACUGCCUCUCCUGAUCAGCAGUCCCAACCGCGCAGUGCAUCAGGACUUGGCUCAGUUCUUGCUUCUUCCUUGUCCCGGUCAUUCACGUUUGGACCUUCUUCAGCUUCACCACCAACUAGUGCCCUUAGCAAGAAGAAACAGAGUCCGAAUGACAGCCCUAACCUUCUGACCGGCGGUGUAUGGACUGCGAAUGCUUUCACAGCGAAGCCCGUGUCAGCCGUUCCUGAUUACCUAACCACCUCAACUGCCGUCACCUCUCGAACUCAUUCUGACACCGAAAGUGAAAGGCCAGAAAGGACUUCGAAACCGCAAGUGAAAGUCCACGCGUCUCUGAAAAACACAGGCUCCUUUGAGAGUAGCGGGGGAAGGCAGAACUUAUUUCUUGACCCUAGGAAAGACGGGUUGUAUCGAGCAUAUCGUACUGCGUACGCCAACUUGUUAUCAAUAUGGGGCCUGCCAAUACAGCGCAGCGAAGUACUCAAGGUCGGCGGUGUCUCUGGACACUCCGGUGAUAUAUACCUUCGCCGAUGGGCAUACAACAACUUUCAAAGCUCACACUCACUCACGGCCCUGCCCUGUAAAGACUCCAUGGGUAGUACUGGUGAUGAAGGCCACCAAGGGCUGGAAAUUCAGCGUCACUGUAUCCGGUGUGGCCGCCCUCUCCAUUUGUCGAUUUUUUCUACGCAUAUCAUGGCCGAAGAAGCAACCAAACACAGCAUGAAGUUAUACACUCCAUCCACCACAUGCUCAAUUUGCAAUCCGCAGCAGCGGCUUCCUCUCAAACUCCCCUGCGUUGUCUGCGGAGAAGUCGUGGAAGGAAUGCUCCUCCCCUGCUUUGGCUGCGGUCAUGUCAGCUGUUUCGAGUGUCAUCGGGGCUGGUUCACAGCAGGUUCAUCGGAUCUCCACCCUAGCCUCGCAGAUGCACACGGCGGCAAGCAAGAAUUCCAGUUCUGUCCCACCGGAUGUGGCUGCAAAUGCUCGGAGCACAUCGUCACUGGCAUCUUGCCUCCGCCGAAUCCAUCGUUCCCGAUGAACGACUCUGAGAACAGCGCAUUGGACAAAGCGCGUGAUCACCUCACCGACAGAACUGUCAACCACGGUGACUUUUCGUCAAAUGUUGGCCAGCAUGAAGAUGAUCUCGACCACUGGCAGGCCUCCCCGUUUGCCUCCCUUGCCAGAGGUCUUGGGGGCGGUCUGAGUAGGGGACUACGUCCGAAGGAAGACAAACGGAAGACAAAAAUAUUGAAUACUGCGUUUGUGCCGAAGAAGUCUUCCAUGAAUCAGGUGGAAAAUCGAUGGUACUGA